UAUUGAGCCGUCCUGCUUUGUGGUGGAACGAUAGUGUAAAGGACACGGAAGGAUUUCACCGCGUACCAACUUGUUUCCCACCUCCUUGUGCUGGGUGACCCGGGGAUAAACAUUACUUAUAGAGUAUGAGGAUUACAACCUGAAACAGAGAUGCUCUCUGUCAUAUUUAAGAGAAGCACCUUUGCAGCCCGGAAGGUGUGGCUCUGGGCUGGUCCUCCACACAGAUGCUGGACAUCAGAUCUGAUCGGAGCCUCUUAUGGUGGCUCCGUCUCACUGCAGACCUGCUGUGCAUCAACAGCAAGGCUGCCGUUUUCACAAGGGGACAAUGGACGAGUAAAACCUUCACCAGGACUCCAUUUCAGGAGGACUGAGACGCAUGCAUCUCCAUUCUUUGUGAGGAACCAACACUUCCACUCUUCUGCUGUGAGGCUGAAGAAGCGACUGCAGUCCGAACCUCCUCCCAGAGAGCUGGAUCUGCUGCGCUAUGACAUGAGGGACUUGUGGAAAGGUCCCAAACCUGCCCUGUACCUGGGGUUUGCAGGGCUGAUCCCUUUCGUCACCCCAACUCUGUUCAUGGCCGUGUCUGAGAUCUACUGUCCAGAGCUGGCCUAUGCUCAGUUAGCCUACAGCGCCUCCAUUCUCUCCUUCCUGGGUGGAGCUCGCUGGGGAUUUGCACUUCCUGAGAGCAGCCCGGCCAGACCUGACUGGAUAAAUCUGACCAACAGCGUGGUCCCUUCCCUGUUAGCCUGGGUGACUAUGCUGAUGAGCGACAGCAUUGUUCCUGCAGCCACCAUGAUAAUCAUGGGACUUGGGAUAUCACUGCAUUACGAUCUGUCUCUGCUGCCCACUUACCCCAGCUGGUUCAAAGCUCUGCGUGCCAUCCUGACCACUGUGGCACUUUUUUCUCUUCUUGGUACUCUGAUAAUCAAUGAAAUGUACCCAGAAAAGAAAAUAUUCAUGGAUUAAAUAUUUUAAAAAGUAUUUCAAACUAUAAAGCCAACAUGUUUUUUUUAUUUAAAUGAGUGGAAGUUGUGCAUUUCCAACAAAAACUGGCCUCUCUAAUAGAGUUAACAUUUAAUGUGCUCUCAGCAGGACAUACUGCCCGUUUCCUCUGUAAUAUUCCCCUCCCUCAUCAGGCCCUUACUUUAAAGACCCUGUUUAGAGGUUUUAUGUCACGAACCAUCUUUCAAAUUAGCCGAUUAAAUAUGUUUAUUUCAGUGAUAUGUUUUUGUUUUUUACACCACAAAUAGGAAUCAGCAAAAUCAAAGCUAUUCAGUCAUCUCACAUCAAAGGAACUGAGCAAAAUUUAUAUUAUGUCACAUUUCAUAGCCAGAGGUAUUUACUUUGUCAUUAAAAAUGUAAAGAGAAGUAUAGACAUAGAAACUAGUUUGAUGUCCAAUCGUUAUGCAGUUUCUUAAGCCAGAAUGACAAGAAUUUGGUUGUUCGCAUGCUUCAAUGUAAAAGUCUGAUCUAAAUUGUCCUGUAUCUAUGACUUGAGAACUAGUGGGGAAAAAAAGUUUUGUCAGGAUAAUUUCCUAAAGUUCUUCCAUUUUUUUCCUUUUCCAUUUGUGAAAACAUGACAUUUGUUUUCUGUUUUUUUUUUUUCCUCAGGAGAACGAUUUUGUGGAACUUUUUUUUGUUUUUUAAAGAGUGAAAAUAACAAAUCCACUUGUUUCACAUAUCUCCACAAUUUCAGAUGAAAAAAAAUAAAUAAAUAAGGAACUUGGAAAGCACCAAGCCUGUCUUUGUUCUGAAGUCAUGAACAUAGGAGAGAAAACAGUUUAGAUCCGACUAUAAAAUGGAUCACCAUUGAAAAAAAUAAAAUAAAUGUAUUCACCUUCUC